CCAUAGGUAGAUAAACUUUACCGGCAGUUGUAACUUUGCUUUCUGUCGACGCGGCGCAUUCUACGUUCGCGUUCCGGUCCCGAGGUGUGCCAACCUGCUAAAAUACUCGUACAGUUAUUCUACGCCUUAAAAUGGUUUUCUUUAAGAAUCCAACCGUGUAUCCUCAUGAAGGAUUCAACGCACAGGAAGACGGGGACGCAUUGCGCGCCGCUAUGAAAGGAUUCGGUACCGAUGAGGAUACCAUUAUCGAAAUCUUGUGUUCUCGUUCGAACGCACAACGGCAAAAAAUUGCGGCAUACUUUGCCGAUGAAUUGGGACGGGAUUUGAUUGAUGACCUUAAAGGCGAAUUAGGUGGUAAUUUCGAAGAUGUCAUCGUGGCUUUGGUGCGUGACCCUGAGGAGUACCUCUGCAAGCAACUCAACAACGCCAUGGAGGGCAUGGGCACAGACGAGAAGACACUCAUCGAAAUUUUGUGUUCAAGACCUGACAACGAAGUGAGGCGAUUAGUCGACGCAUACGAAGAGAAGUACAACAGACCGCUGGCGGAACAAUUGUGCGGUGAGGUGACCGGCGAACUGCGUCGCUUGAUGACCUUCAUUGUCACGGGAACGCGUGAUUCCGGCGAUGAUGUUGAUGCCACGCUUGCUCGAGAACAAGCCGUGCAAUUAUUCGAGGCCGGCGAAGAUCGCUUUGGCACUGACGAGAGUGUGUUCACGAAAAUACUUGCAAAGGAAAACUUUAAUCACCUCAGUCAGGUGUUUGAAGAAUACAAGGACGUCUCGGGUAACACGAUUGAACAAGCGUUGAAGAGUGAGGUGGAUGGUGACCUCUUGGAAGCAAUGCUAGCUAUUGUCGAAUGUGUUCAGAGCCCACCAGCGUUCUUUGCAAAGAGAUUAUACAAAGCUGUGCAUGGCGCCGGCACUGAUGACGAGACUCUGAUUAGGAUCAUCGUCAGUCGUUCUGAAAUCGAUUUGGGCACUAUCAAGGAGGAGUUCGAACGAAUCUACGACAAGACACUUGAAAGCUACAUUAGGGACUCCAUGGUGCAGGGCGAGACAUCUGGCGACUACAAGAAGGCACUGUUGGCGCUAAUCAAGUAAACUCUAUUAGAAGUAAAAACAUAAAUGUCCAUCCCACAUUAAAUUCUCAGCGUUUUUGCAUCGUAUUAUCGCCAGGUUAUAUGCACAUAUCUUUAAGUUUUGGAUAUACAAUUUGUUAAUAUUAUUAGACUUUUUAUUAUAUUUAUUUAUAACCAUUUGCAAUCUUGUUGAUGUAUUUGUAAUCGGUGUAUAUUUCAAAUAUAUUUAGUAUGCAAAUAA